UAUGAUGUAUUUAUCAGUUUCAGAGGUGAAGACACUCGAACAAGUUUUACAGACUACUUGUUUCGUACUUUGAAACGUGGAGAAAUUAAUAUCUUCAAGGAUGAUGAAGAUCUUGAAAGAGGAGCAGAUAUCUCACCAGCACUUUUACAAGCAAUUAGAGAUUCAAGAUUCGCAGUCGUGGUUCUUUCGGAGAACUAUUCUUCAUCCAGUUGGUGUUUGGACGAACUUGUUGAGAUUCUCAAAAGCAGGAAAGAGUUGGGACUCACUGUUCUUCCUGUUUUCUAUCAUGUUGAGCCAACUGAGGUGAGGAGCCAAACAGCGAAUUUCGGAAAAGCUUUCAGCGAAGCUUCUCAACGCUAUAUUGGGAAGGCAAACAAAUGGAGGGAGGCUUUGAUGGAAGUAGCCACUAUCUCGGGAUGGAAUGUUAGAAACAGGCCUGAGACAGAUGUCAUUGAUGAAAUUGCCAAAGUGAUUUCAAAAAUUAUAAAUCAAUUCCCAAAUGGUAACAAUGACUUAGUUGGAAUGACUUAUCGUAUAAAGAAAAUAGAUUUGUUAUUGGAAAUUGGGUUGGAUGACGUUCGAACCAUAGGGAUAUGGGGUAUGGGAGGAAUUGGUAAAACAACUAUAGCUCAAGAAGUUUUCAAACUAAGUUUCAACAAAUUUGAAGCUCAUGCUUUCAUACCAAAUGUAAGAGAGGAAGUGAAAAAAAAUCGUUUACUUCACUUGCAAAAACUUCUUUACAAAGAAUUGGUUGAUGGUGAAGUAAGUAUACAAAAUGAUGAUAUGGGAAUCCAUGUAUUGAGGAAACGAUUACGUUCUAAAAGGGUGCUUAUCAUUUUAGAUGACGUUGAUCGAUUAGAGCAAAUAGAAGCUUUAGUUGGAAACGCUGAAGUGCAACAUGAAUGGUUAGGUCCAGGGAGUAGAGUCAUCGUGACAACUAGAGAUAAGCACUUGUUGAGGACAUAUGGAGAGAACAACAUAUAUGAGGUUGACAAACUAACUGAUGAUGAAGCUCUUGCUAUCCUCUUGCCUAGCAGGCAAAGAUUAUCGUAUAACCAAGCAUCGCAAGAUAAAAGGACUCGGUCCUUGAUAUUUUUUGUUUGGGAUAUACUCGAAAAAGAGACUAGAUUUUGCAAUGAUCGCCCUCCACCUAAGCUGCGCAGGAAAGGCCCAAAGCCAAUCUUUUGA